GAAAAGACCGUGUGUGCGGUCGCAGAUGACACGCAGAAGAAAGUGCGUGGGCGGAUGAGGAAGUUCAGAGGCACGGAUUGAUGGUCACACACCUACUGUGUACUGGCACUUUAUCGCAGCAGCAGCAGCGGCGGCGGCGGCGGCGGCGGCGGCAGGAAGGCACAACGCCGGGGGGAAGCUCCAUCCACCAGGUUUUGUUUUUUUUUACUGUGAUCAGAGGGUGAUCCGCGCAUGGGAAAAUGACAAUCAAGUUGGUGGUCCUCCUCUCCACACUUCUGCUCGCUCAAGGUGCUCGUUCUGAUCUACUGGAUUAUGGCGACGACUAUGAAGAUCACCACGACAGCACUGUCAAUCAAAUGCUGGUCCCCAGGUCGCACCAGGAGGAUGCCACGCUCAUACUCAACAAUUUGCUCAAGGAAUACGACAAGACGCUGCGGCCGGACAUCGGAGUGAAACCGACAGUCAUCGAUGUGGGCAUAUAUGUCAACAGCAUCGGGCCUGUGUCAUCCAUCGAUAUGGAGUACCAGAUCGAUAUUAUCUUCGCCCAGACCUGGGUGGACACCCGUCUGCGGUACAACAGCAGCAGCAGCAUGCCAACUCUAACGCUCAACAGCAAUAUGGUCGGCUUGAUCUGGCUGCCCGACACCAUCUUCAGGAAUUCCAAGAAUGCCGACUCUCACUGGAUAACGACGCCCAAUCAGCUGCUCCGGAUCAGGAACAAUGGAACAAUACUUUACACGCUGAGGAUGACCAUCAACGCAGAAUGCCAGCUGCAACUGCAUAAUUUCCCAAUGGACGAACACUCCUGUCCUCUCGUCUUCUCCAGCUACGGCUACCCACGGGAUGAGAUCAUGUACAAGUGGGCGCGGAACUCGGUGGCGACUUCGGACCAGAAGUACUGGAGGCUUUACCAGUUUGAUUUCAUGGGGCUCAGGAACACCACGGAUGUGCUCUCGACCACAGCGGGCGACUACGUGUUGAUGACGGUAUACUUUGACCUUAGCAGACGGAUGGGCUAUUUCACCAUCCAGACCUACAUCCCCUGUAUCCUGACUGUGGUCCUCUCCUGGGUCUCCUUCUGGAUCAAGAGUGAUGCCACGCCUGCAAGGACAGCUCUAGGUAUCACCACAGUGCUGACCAUGACCACCCUGAGCACAGUGGCCAGGAACUCGCUACCUAGAGUGUCCUACGUGACGGCCAUGGACCUGUUUGUCACCGUCUGCUUCCUAUUCGUCUUUGCCGCCAUGAUCGAGUACGCCAUGCUCAACUACUACUCCUACAGUGUACGAAGACCUCCUCCCAAGACACAGAGAAUGACCUACUCAUCUUUCAACAUGGCUCACACCCCUCGGCCCAUGAUGCCAAUGGGCAACUCCCUGUUCUGGCACGACUACGAAGACAACUGCCUGUACGAGUGCCUGGACGGGAAAGACUGCACAAGCUUCUUCUGCUGCUACGAGGAGUGUAAAGAAGGCGGCUGGAAGAAAGGACGGAUCCACGUUAACAUCCGCGAGCUGGAUUCCUACUCCCGGGUUUUCUUCCCCACAUCCUUUUUGCUCUUCAACAUAGUCUACUGGGUCAGCUACCUCUACCUCUAGUCGGUCUCGGGGCUGCGAUCCGUGAGCCCUGCUGAACCAGCUACAGUCCCCCGCCACUUUGCACCGCGGCUCGUGAUUUAGGGUCAAAACUAAGCGUGGAGGAGGAAAUGAGGUGGAUCUGCUUUUUCGGGAAUUAUGAAAGACGUGCCGCCUCUUGAGUGGUAAAGUUAAAAAAUGUAUUAAAAAAAACCACACGUGUGCAGUGGCGCACAAUGUAAAGGCCAUGAUACUUUGAGCAGUGGCACUCCAGGGAGAAUAAAAAGCUCAGCAGUGGAACAACAAGCCGCCAGCAUUGACUUGAAUGGAUUGGUCCCGUUUUUUGACUCUCUCAGAAACCAAACAACUACAACUUCAGAGACGUUCUGGGACGGGGGUUGCAUUGCUGAAUCUUGGUCGUCGAGAUGGCGAAGCACCCAUAGUGCCUUCUUUAGAAAGGGUGCGGCACAGAGAGACGCAGCUUCAGAGUUCCCUCCAUUAUCUUUAUUACCUCAUCCACCACACCGCCGCAUGCUGAGCUGUUUAUUCUUUGAGGAAACAAACCCGGGACACCACCACUGGAGAUGUUUAAAACUAGCACUCACCAUUCAUUUCGUAGCACAUUAGUUUUAGUUGUACUCUAGGAUUAGUUCUACUUUCUAAUACAGUAACGUUUUCUUAUUCUUCUUCUUAUUAUUAGAGUUAGUUGUGUUUUCACAGCAAGUCAAGCAGCUCACACAUCAGCUGUUAGUUGUUGAAUAUGAGUUAGUGUCAGGGGCAGUGACUGUCUGGUAAAAUCUUUAUUAAGUCAGUGAGCUUUUGUUCAUGAUGCUUUAUGACCAAGCGAUGCAGUUUACAGUAGAUGCCAAGAAGAUUUUGGGUGUUUACACGGUUACAUUCUUUAACACAAAAGAUAUAAGAACUGCAUAAAUACAUACCAAUCUAAUGCUAAACAUGCUAAUCUCAUCCCCGAGCUUAUUAUGUAUGUUACAGUAACUGAAUAAACAGAUUAGGGUUAGAGCAGUGCUGGUUUCUUCCUGACGACAGCUAUAUGAAAACAUUGUCACAUUUUAUUUCACGCACUUUUAUUCUUAUUUAUAUGGAGUUUGGUUUUAUCAUUGAUAGGGCCUUUGGAUUACCUUGGUUUAACGGGAAAAGUUUGACAUUUUGGGAAAAGGUUAUUUGCGAACGUUUUAUAUUAGAGACGGGCUUUUAUUUCUAAUUCCCCCUGAUCCCGAGUUGAUUCAUUUCCAAAGUACUAGUUCAUCAGUACAGCAAGAGUCAAUUACUCUGCCUUAUUCUCGAAUGUAAAGGGGCCGUGAAACUCGCUUCCUCCAGAAUUUUCACAUUAAAAGUCUCGCAGCCUUCCUUUCAUAGUGAGCUCAAAUAGGCUUUUAAUGUGAAAAAAGCACAAGGGAGUAUUGAGUUUUGUUGACGGUAACUUAACAACGGUCAGGAGUGAGGCAAAGAAGUAAUGACAUGGGCAAUUAUUCAUUGUCUUGCUGAGAAGACUCUUAAGACUGAUUUAUAGUUGUACAUAGGCUCCAUGUCGAGCCUACAGCGUAGCCCACACAAGUGACCUACGCCGUUAUGAGCAUUUCUACUUGUGCGCUGGUGUGUCAGCGCUGCUCUGCAAAUAGCUCUGCCAAAAUGUUAAUUUGCAGUGGGGUUUCUGUGCCACUGUGUUUUUCGACUGAAACUCUCCUUCGUGUCUCUCCUCAGUCUGUCUCGUAAGGGCGAGGAAAUGCGAGGGGACAGACAAGAGCAUGUCAUGCAGCGAGCUAGCGUCCCCCGUGUGCCCGUUUGUCUGUGUGUGUCAGGACACACUUGUCUAAGAAUGAGUGGAUUUGAAACAGCAUUAUUAACUUAUCUGGGUUUUGCAUGAGACGCUUGCCCAUUCUCAGACAAUGCACACACACACACACACACACACACAAACACACACUGAGCAGAUCAAGCAGUUGUUGGGGUCCACGUCACCACGAUGUGUAGUUACACUUCUGGGGAGGUGCACAUCAGGCUAUGGCAUAGGCUAACAUAGUAUAAAUCGAGGUUUACCAUUUUGUUUUCAUCCUAGUUACGAAGCUAUCCCCGGUACAGUUAAUGUAGCUUAGCACAAAGACUAGAAACAGUGGAAAAAGCAGCCUGGCUCUGUCCAAAGACAAAAUAAUCCACCUGCCGGGCCUUCCACGUUUUACCACUUUCUGUGAGGCUUCGUGCUGAGGGCCAGUAACUUCUGCUAGUUGCCUGGCAACUGGCUUUGGCCAAGAAGUAGUUUGGCAACUUGUAACUCAGCAAAAGGUCAAUGUUACACUUCUGAUUUUGUAUAGAUUUAAAAAAAAAAAAAAACAAACAAGAUAUAACGUGAUAGCUCUGUAGCUGCUGUCUCCUAUGAACAGAGCCUGGCUCGUUUCCCGUUUUUUCCAGUCUUUGUGCUAAGCUAAAUUAGCUGGCUGCAGCUUCAUAUUUACGUAGCAAAAUUUCAUCAAUCACUCUUGGCAAGAAAGUGAGCACCACCUUUCCCAAAAUGUAGAACUUUUCCAACGAGUUACUAACCCCAAAGAAAUGUCCUCCGCAUUGGUUUCAAUGAAGAGUUUCAGCUGCGCAUGAUGUUCUGGUAAACACAAAAUCAUUUUAUGGGCAUGAAAAUUGCUCAGUUCAUAUAUACAGUAUAUAUUGGAUAUUGGCACAGAAUGAGCUGCAGAAUUAUUAGUUCUGGCCACAAGCCACUUGAACCCUAAAGCACAUACAAACAUAUACUGUACAUGGCCUAUUUAUUUUGCAUUAGUCAUUCCAUCCAGUUUCAGAGAGCUUGAGUACAUAAAAUUGGAGGCAUGAUGAAAGCUUCAAUUUUUCUGACAUCCUGCCGUAUGCAGGACUUAAAGGCACAUCCUCCUGUGCCCAGCUGGCAAUGAUCACAGGUGCUGUAAAAUAGGUUCUAUAUAUUGUGAUACUCCAUCACAUACUGUAUACAGAGCGGUGUUGAAAAAUGGAUGAUCCAGGAGGGUUGUUGAUGACUCUUGACGGAGUCCCACAUCCCCUCCUCAAACAUGUAAAAUUGAUGCCAUAUAUGGAGGCAUAUACGGACUCAAAAAAAACCCCACUGGGACGGACGGUACAGACGGCGUUUGAAACAUUUUGGUUUGAUUUACUGUUCUAUGGUGUUUUUUGCUGUCGUUUGGCUUUGUAGAACAAUCAGCCCCCCCUCUUCUCUCCUCCCCCAACACACACACACACACUCUUUUUCCCCGGUAUUUGUAUGUUCAGAGAAAAGCUUUUAUGUAAGAUGUAUCUAAUUAAUGUUUCUAUUUUCAUACAGUUAUAUAUAUGGAAUGUAAGUUUGGCCAGUAGCGAGGCCGGAGUCAAUCUGGUUCCAGUUCAGUCAGUUCAAGCAGCCUAAAUGAGUUUAUAUUUAGGGGUCCUACAUAUUCAUAAGGCCUCCAAACACAUUUGUGUCCUGUCCAGAGGUUUGUAAUCACAAAUCAAAUUGCCUCGAGUGAUGCUAGAGAAACAGCAGAAGGGCUGUUAGCCUGUGGGCCAUUACUUAAUCUGCUGAUUUAAUACAUUAGCUCAAAGGAGUGAAAUUUCAUGAGUAUUUCAACACUAGAUCUAUCUAUCCAUCUAUCCAUCUAUCUAUCUAUCUAUCUAUCUAUCUAUCUAUCUAUCUAUGAACUGACUGAAUUGAACAGAGCUUGGCCCACACCGCAGUAAACUCUCCUCACCUCUGAUAUUUCUACUACACUUUAUAAGUGUCUUAGUCCGUUGAGAUACUUCAAUAAAACAAAAUCACUAUUUUCUACGUCUUAAUGAAAAUCACCUGUGUGUUUCAGCUGACUGGGACCUGUAUUUAUAAAUCAGAGUGCUAACCCAGGAUCAGCACCGGCAAGCAUAAUGAACUCGCUCAAGAGCCUCUUCCGGAGACCUCAUCACCCCCAUUAAAGUUUCCUGGCUCCCCCGAAAAGCUGCGGCAUCAUUGCGCCGAGGUGUCAGAAAAUCAUGUAUUACUCCUACUUUGCCCUGCAAACCAAUUUUGUUUUGAUUGUCAGUGAGGUCUCUGGAGGGCAGGGCUGUACAAAAAAAAUAAAGCCACUCUAAUCUUGGAUCAGCACUCCUGGGGGGGGGGGUAUUUUAUGAAAACAGGAUCUAGAGUGAAAAUAGGUAUGUUUUUUCUAGUGCGUGGUACAUUGCUUAUAUUAAUAAAUAACGUUUUGGUCAAGUGC